UUAAACAUAACCAUUUCUCUCUUUUUUCACGACCCUUGAGAAAAAAAUGCAGAUCUUCAGCAAAGUGUUGAGAGAUACUGAUGUCCAUGUUCGGUUCUCGUUCCCAACUCAUUGCCUAGAGCAUUUAGAUUUUUCUGGAAAUAAUCUUGUUGAUUUGCAUGUUAAAGAUAGAUGUGGUGAGCUUCGAGUUAUUCGUUGCCUGAAGAGAAAUGGAGUUUAUGACAAGCCAGUGCUUUCUAUGGGCUGGCUUAAAUUUGUUGCUGAUUAUGGACUGAGAGUUGGUGACAAGGUUGUUCUUCAUCGUGAGGAUGACCAGAACCUGGGGUCACAGUUCAUGAUUGAAGCUAAGAGGAGAAUCAUGCUGCUUGGUGAGGAGGCUUGGGGUGAUGUGACAAGAGCUAACUAG